UGAGCUGUAACGAGGAGACACUGGGAGGCAUCCUGCAGCCGAUAACACACGCCUGGGAGAGCGCAGCUGCACAGAAGUACGGAGCCUGGAUGAUGGACCCACUACCUCCCACCGGUGACGAGACUAAGAUCUACGUGUUGGGUGGUUACACUAACGCCAGGGCUCUGUGGAUGUACGGCAACUACGCAGACUUCGUUACACGCCGACGUAAGACCGUCAUCACGCUGCCGACAGGCGUCGGCGGCACCGGUCACGUGAUCUACAACGGAACUAUCUACUAUCCGCAGUACAACACGGCCAAGGUAAACACACGGUGUACCGUACAACUGGCAGUAAACACAGGUUCCGUUACACCUGCCAGGUCUCACAACACCUGGAAAACUAACGCUAAGAAGGCCAAGGUUGGAAACACGUUCUUCAUCUGCGGCGUCAUGUACUCGGUCGAGGCGCACACGAUCCUGGAUAACAGAGUCUCCUACAAGUACGACACGAACACGCAGGAGGGAGACCUCAUAUCCAUCCCGUUCAGCAUCAAGUACGGACUGCUAAAUCAGAUGCUCUAUAAUGCUCGGCAUCGCGCCAUCUUUGCCUGGGACAACGGACAUCUCAUCUCCUACCCCGUAGAAUUCCAACCGUCACGUUAGGUUCGUCUGUGACGGAUCCGCCUGGAGCGCUGCUCGCGUGG